GUUUGGAGCCACAGCGCGCUUGCAAAAUCAGGAAUUGCGGGAGCAGCUUUGGUGCCGCCUCGAGCUCUGUUGGGUUGCCUGUCGGCGAGGACUCCCAAGUGCAGCAGCUGCUCUUCUUAGCCGUUAAAGCAGGUCCAUCAGGCACCUCGCUCUCACUUAACCAGAAUCAUCUUCAUCCUCACUAUCAUCCUCACCACCAUCACCAUCACCAGCAGCAGCCCACCAUGGACGAAGACCGCACCCGCCACCUCUCCUUCUCCUCCGCCUCCUCCCUCUCCUCCUCCCUAGCUGCCGCCUCCGCCUCCUCCUCCCUCAACAGCUGCGCCACCACCACCACCACCACCACCACCACCACCAGCCGAACCACCUCCUUCGCCUCUUCAUGGUCCGGCACCGGCUACGG